GAUCAGUCACAUGAUCAUGGAUGACGUCAUGCUGUCAAAAGUUGUGUUUAACAAAUAACACAUAAAUGAGGUUUUAGUUGUUUUCUCGUGAAAUUCUGUUGUGGAUAGACGAGAUGUCGGGAAAGUCAAAGCUGUUAAAAGUUGUCCUGCUUGGGGAUGGAGGAGUUGGAAAGAGUUCCUUGAUGAAUCGGUUUGUUAGUAACAAGUUUGAUGCCCAGUCAUUCCAUACCAUUGGAGUCGAAUUCCUGAAUAAAGAUGUUACCGUGGAUACGGAAACAUACACAAUGCAGAUUUGGGACACAGCUGGUCAAGAACGCUUUAAAUCAUUAAGAACGCCGUUUUACCGUGGAGCCGAUUGCUGUUUGCUCACCUUUGCAGUGGAUGAUAUGCAGAGUUUUAAAAACUUAUCUAUGUGGAAAAAAGAGUUCUUAUAUUACGCAGAUAUACAAGAUGGAAAUGCUUUCCCAUUUGUGAUUAUAGGAAAUAAAGUUGAUGUUGAAAAUCGUGUGGUAAAUGAGGAAAUGGUACGUGACUGGUGUAACCAAAACGGGCAUUGUCCAUAUUAUGAGACUAGUGCAAAAGAUUCCACGAAUGUAGACACUGCUUUUAAAGCUGCAGUAGAACGGUUAAAAGAAAUCGAAGAAUUAAUGGAUGAAAAACCACAGCAUGGAAAUACUGUAGAUUUGAGUCGGAAACCAAAACAAAGCGGUGGUUGUUGUAACUAACAACAUAACUAUAACAUAAUUAUAUUCAAUAUUUUCUUAUAAUGAUUCCAAUGGUUCUUUCAUUUUUAAAACAUUAUUAUUCUUUAAAUGUUUUUAGAUUAAGUGUGAAUGUUUCUUGAUUAUAUUGUGUAUAUCAGGGAGCUAAUUUUGCACUUACCAAAUCAAAAUUCUGACAGGUCUAAAUUGCUAGUUGGAAAUGCAUGAAUGUAUUGUUGAACUUUGAAGUCUCGGGUAGACUUGCUGAAUGUUUAGUGAACGACAGAAUAAAAUUAGAUUUUAUUGUUGUAAUUAAUUUUAACCUUUAGCCUGCUAAAUUUCUAAAAUGGACUGGUCCGUUAUUCAAUUUAGGCAGUACCACUUAUUAUUCAAAGGGGUGUUCACUGAAAAUUCAUUGACAGAAUAGCGAACAGUGCAGACCAUGAUCGGACUGCACAGAUGUGCAGACUGAUCUUGGUCUGCACUGGUUGUUACAAAGGCAGAACCAGUUGCAUCUGGACAGUAGACUAAAGGUAAGAAUAAAAUUAUUAAAAUGGCUGCAAUUUAAUUGCAGUAAAUAGUGAAAGUUUUCAAAACCAACUGUUUACUAUGUAAGGGCCAUUCCAUGAGAAAAAAAAAACCUGUAUUUAAUAGUUUCAUGAUGUAAGUGUUGCAUAAUAAAUUGUUUAAAACACUGGAAAAUCAUUGUUUUCGUGUUCAUGCAGAAACUAGAAACUAGUAACGUAUUGUACUUCAGCCCUCUGACACAAGUCAGUAUAUUUAAUAAAUGUUGUUUGCAUUGCCAUAGAAACCAAAAUUCCGUAGUGAUAUAUAUAAUUUGACAUGUAAGGGCAUGAAAUAUACAUGCUUUGCACUAUGAUGUGAUACUACUUUCACAGCAUUGUUGACGUCACUAAAUUUCUAAAAUGGACUGGUCUUAUAUUCAAUUUGGGCAGUACCAUUUAUUAUUCAAAUGGGUGUUCACUGAAAUUUACUGACUGCUUAGUAAACAGUGCAGACCAAGAUCAGGCUGCAUGGAUGUGCAAGCUGAUCUUGGUCUGCACCGGUCGCAAAGACAGAUUUACUUGCCGCAAGCAAGCUAAAGGUUAAAUGCAUUCAGACAUUAACUGAAAUUAUUGUAAGUCUUGAAAAAGUGAAGACGAUUUCUCAAAAUUUUCAGAUUUGAUUGGUAAAAGAAUGUUAUACAUUAAUACUUGGUUUUCUCAAUUUUGAUUUUUUGUCAUUUAUACAGGUUUUGUCAUGGAAGGACUGAUAUACUGACAUAGAUAAUUGAGCCGUGCCAUGAGAAAAUCAACAGAGUGGGUUUGUGACCAGCAUGGAUCCAGCCCAGCCUCCGCAUCCGCGCAGUCUGGUCAGGAUCCUUGCUGUUUGCUUUUAAAGCCUAUUGGGAUUGGAGAAACCUGUAGCGAACAGCAUGGAUCCUGACCAGUCUGCGCGUAUGCGCAGGCUGGUCUGGAUCCAUGCUGGUCGCAAACGCACUAUGUUGGUUUUCUCAUGGCAUGGCUCAAUUAAUUAUGUACAACCUUCAAGGGCUUCUAAGUUCAAUACUCAGUUUAUAACAUACCACAAAAUAUUGUCAGACACCUUUGAUCUUGUGUACAUACACAUUACUUGUAUCAUACAAAUGUAUAAUCUUUAACUUAUUUUCUCUAGGGAAGUGAUAUUUUUGAAAAGGCUUUCCUUGUUUUGCCGCUGUUUUUACACUGUUAUCAUGCAUAUUAAAUACAGAAGUACGGUUUCUUCGGAUGUACGUCUAAAUCUCAGUCUUUUCAAAACAGAUACAACUUUUUUAGGGGAAAGUCGAUUUUAAAAAAAAAUUACAUUAUACAUAUUUUUUAGAGUUGGCUGUAACUUUAAAACAACAAAAUUGUUACUAUUAUGUUGUAAAAAACUUUUCUGCAUGCUUUUAUUUUAAUUUACUGGCUGAACAAAUGUUUCUAUGAAAUUUAUAAUAUAUAACUUCUUCAUUUUACUCCCAGAAUCCUUUUGCAUAGAACUACUAUUUAUCCACUAGUAAUAAAUGAAAGAUUUUGUUCAGUUUUGAAAAAAAAAUAACAUAUGGGUAUUUUGAGUUAUGCCCCUUGAAACUUAAAGUUGGUUAACCAGAUUUGAAUUAACUGAUGGAUUUGUUUAAAAUUACAUCAACUAAUCAUUUACAUGUACACUUAUGUGUGUUCACUGAGGUCUUAAUACAUGUAUGAAUUUCACUGGAAGUAUUUUUAAAUUUUUUUUUUCUAUCCUGGUUGCUCAACCAAGAUACACUAUUUUAGCAUAAGUAUAAAUUUAAUGGAUAUAUAUUGCAUAAGGAAUGAUAUUAAUAGAAGCACUAUUUUAUCUAAUUUGUCAAAGAUUUGCAUGGACAAGUAUAUAUUUUGCCAAAUUUUAUUAGAAAUGCAAGUUUAUAAGAUUGUUAUUACCUCCCUUUGCCUAUAUUGGUUGCGCAACCAAGAUAUAUUAGAAAUAGAUGAAUUUUGAAGAUACACGCUGUUUCAAAACUUGCCUUUUGUUUCAGGUAGUUGAAAUAUCCCAAUAUUUAUCAAAUGCAAAUGUAAAACUAGAAGUUAUGUUGAAAUCUAAAUAAAUCGUCCACCUUUUAGAUACUUUUAUAUAAAAGAGAGGUAAUUAAAAAAAUCACAAAAUGUAAUAGAAUAUACAUUUCCAGUAGGGAUCUAAAUCUAGGUAAUAUUUAUUUAUCAAAUAAAUCUCUAACUGAAUAUAUGAAAACUGGAAUGCGUCAUAAAAUGUUGCUCAAAUGUUAUUGAAAACCUUUAACCUAAUCAUAAGUAUCUACUGUUGUGGUCAAUUCAAUAACUGUGGAAGUUUGGAGACUGAAGUGUUAAUGUUUGUCAACUCUUUGAGAACAUCAAGUAUGAUAUUCACUGUGUUGAUAUAAUUAGUUGCUUUCAAUCAUUUUUAUAUGCCAGAAGGGACGUAUUAUGUUAUGACGCUGGUGUCUGUCUGUCCGUCCGUCUGUUAGCAAUUUCGUGUCCGCUCUAUAACUCUUGAACCCCUUGAAGGAUUUCAAGGAAAUUUGACACAAAUGUUCACUACACCGAGACCACUUGCAGAGCACAUGUUUUGGAUGUCUUGCUUCAAGGUCAUUGUCACACUUAGGAGUCAAAAGUCAUAUCAGUUUGUUUUGUGUCCGCUCUGUAACUCUUGAACCCCUUGAAGGAUUUCAAAGAAACUUGACACAAAUGUUCACCACACCAAGACAACAUGCAGAGCGCAUGUUCCGGAUGACUUGCUUCAAGGUCAAGGUCACACUUAGGGGUCAAAAGUCAUACCAGUUUGUUUCAUGUCCGCUCUGUAACUCUUGAACUGCUGGAAGGAUUUCAAACAAACUUGGCAGAAAUGUUCACCACACCAAGACAACAUGCAGAGCACAUGUUCCGGAUGACUUGCUUCAAGUUCAAGGUCACACUUAAGGGUCAAAGGUCAUAUAUGACUUUGCUUUGUGUAUAAUGCUAUGCAUUGCAGUGCUCUUGUUUUUAUUUGGCAGAUCUCUUUUUAUGCCCCUGAGGGGAGGCAUAUAGUUUUUGAACCGUCUGUCGGUCUGUCCGCAAUUUUCGUGUCCGGUCCAUAUCUUUGUCAUCGAUGGAUGGAUUUUCAAAUAAAUUGGCAUAAAUGUGUACCACUGUAAGACGACUUGUCGCGCGCAAGACCCAGGUCCGUAGCUCAAGGUCAAGGUCACACUUAGACGUUAAAGGUCAUUUUUCAUGAUGUGCAUUCGUGUCCCGUCCAUAUCUUUGUCAUCCAUGGAUUGAUUUUCAAAUAACUUGGCAAGAAUGUGUACCACAGUAAGACGACAUGUCGUGCGCAAGACCCAGGUCCGUAGCUCAAAGGUCAAGGUCACACUUAGACGUUAAAGGUCAUUUUCCAUGAUAGUGCAUUCGUGUCCGGUCCAUAUCUUUGUCAUCCAUGGAUGGAUUUUUAAAUAACUUGGCAUGAAUGUGUACCACAGUAAGACGAUGUGUCGCACGCAAGACCCAGGUCCGUAGCUCAAAGGUCAAGGUCACACUUAGACGUUAAAGGUCAUAUUUCAUGAUAGUGCAUUGAUGGGCGUGUCCGGUUCAUAUCUUUGUCAUUCAUGCAUGGAUUUUAAAAUUAUUGGGCAUGAAUGUGUACCACAGUAAGACGACGUGUCGCGCGCAAGACCCAGGUCCGUAGGUCAAAGGUCCUAAACUCUAACAUCGGCCAUAACUUUUCAUUCAAAGUGCCAUCGGGGGCAUGUGUCAUCCUAUGGAGACAGCUCUUGUUUGUUCACUUACAAUAAAUUUUUUUUGAAUUACUUCCCUUUUAUGUUACUAUAAAUAGCUUAUUUUGAAUUUUUUUUAUUAUUGGCCGUAGGGAAAAACCGAGACCACUUUUCUGUGGUACAACAUGGAUGGUACCUCUAAUAUUUAGGUGUAUUUUUACAUACCUGUACCUGAUAAGGAUUUUUCUUUUGUGGACUUUAAAUAUUUUUUUGUGGACUUAGAUUUGUUUUUUGAAGUUUUCCUUUUGUUGUUCCACUCCUUUGGGCUACAACAGUCAAGUUCUUUAAAUUUUGCUCUCAUCCUAUGAUGUAAUCCUUCGGGCAUAUAUUGCCCCGCUUGGCGGAGCUCUUGUUCAUUAUUGUGAUUAAGGCAGAAUGAUUGUUUUCUUGUGUGUUUCAUUCUCAUAUUAAUGAAUUAUAACAAUGUGUGUAGAUUUACUUUUUUCACAGAUUUCAAAAAAGAGAGACUUUUUUCACAUAUUUUAAAGGGAAAGAACAAUUUUUCACAGAUUUUAAAGAUUUUUUCACAUAUGUUAAAUUAAGAGCAUUUUUUCCAAAGAUUAAAGAUAAAGAUAUAUUUUGUACACAGAUUUUUAAAGGAAAUUUUUUUACAGAUUUUAAAAAAGACAUUUUUUUCACAUAUUUUGAAGUUUAAAAAUAUAUAUUUGCAGAUUUUUUAAAAAAGGAAGUUCAUACCAUAAAUUUAUUAAUGUGUUUGGUUUAGUGGGAAUAAACCAUGAAAAUAAUAUAAAAAAAACCUGUGAAAUACUUUAGGAUCACGGAUUUGUUGUUUAAUGUAGCCUGUUUGUGGUCCAUUGGGAAAAAGAUGUCUGCCAAUUCAUGUUUACAUGUUUUUAGCUCACCUGUCACAAAGUGACAAGGUGAGCUUUUGUGAUCAAGCAGCAUCUGUCGUCCGUCGUCCAUCACAUUUUUCAUGGGAUCUUCAUGAAAGUUGGUCAGAAUGUUCACCUGGAUGAUAUCUAGGUCAAGUUUGAAACUGGGUCACGUGCAGUCAAAAACUAGGUCAGUAGGUUUAAAAAAAGAGAAACCUUGUGACCUCCUUAGAGGCCAUACUUUUCAACAGAUCUUCAUGAAAUUUGGUCAGAAUGUUCACCUUGAUGAUAUCUAGUUCAGUUUCAAAAUAGGGUCACGUGACAUCAAAAACUAGGUCAGUAGGUCAAAUAAUAGAAAAACCUUGUGACCUCUCUAGAGGCGAUAUUUAUCAUGGGAUCUGUAUGAAAGUUGGUCUGAAUAUUCAUCUAGACGAUAUCUAGGUCAAGUUUGAAACUUGGUCAACUGCGUUUAAAAAAUAGGUCAGUAGGUCUAAAAAUAGAAAAUCCUUGUGACCUCCCUAGAGGCCAUAUUUUUCAAUGGAUCUUCAUGAAAAUUGGUCAGAAUGUACAUCUUGAUGAUAUCUAGGUCAAGUUUAAAACUGGGUAAACUGCGGUCAAAAUCUAGGUCAGUAGGUCUGAAAAUAGAAAAACCUUGUGACCUCUCUAGAGGUCAUAUUUUUCAAUGGAUCUUCAUGAAAAUUGGUUAGAGUGUUCACCUUGAUGAUAUCUAGGUCGUGUUCGAAACUCAGUCACAUGCGUUCAAAAACUAGGUCAGUAGGUCUAAAAAAAAAAAACCUUUUGACCUCUUUAGAGUCCAUACUUUUCAAUGGAUCUUCAUGAAAAUUGUUCAGAAUGUUCACUUUGAUAAUAUCUAGUUCAAAUUCGAAACGAGGUCACAUGCCGUAAAAAGGUAGGUCAGUAGGUCAAAUAAUAGAAAAAAGCUUGUGACCUCUCUAGAGGCGAUAUUUUUCAUGGGAUCUGUAUGAAAGUUGGUCUGAAUAUUCAUCUAGAUGAUAUCUAGGUCAAGUUCGAAACUGGGUCAGCUGCAGUCAAAAAGUAGGUCAGUAAGUCUACGUUGUCGUGUGCCCGUGCAUAAACUUUUGCUUGUGACCACUUUAGUUUAAGAUCCAGCCGUGAAAUUUGGAUGACAUGUACAGUUUUGCACACCAAUCUUUAAACUGUCUUUCAUUGACCAUAAGUGUGACCUACUGAUCUACUUUCUAAUAUUUUAGCAUCAGUUUGCCAUUGAAACAUGUGGUUCAAUAUACUCAGGUGAGCAAUUGUAUAGAAUUUCUGGUGAAAUAAUUAGUGUCAAAGAAGUUUUGCAGAAACUAAAAAACUUGAUCUUCUGAAAUAAAAGAAUACUGUUAGAAAAUGUGCUAAAAGUUUUCCAAAACAACAUUGUCCAUAAAGUCAAGACAUAGAUUUAAAAAAUAAAUGUUUUGUAAAGAAAUACUGUAUAUUCCCUAAUUAAAGCCCUGCCAAUAAUAAAAGCCCCACCCUUACUAUUUAUAAAAAAAUAAAAAUAAGGUAAGUUAGGUCAUAUGCGAAUACUAGCACUAUUGUUGUGCUAUAAAGGCAAAAGUUCAUUCAUUAUUAGCACGGUUUUUAAUUUAUAUUUACUUUUAAAGUGUCAAAAAUAACAAAAACUUAAAAGUACUUCUUAAUGUAAUCCCCUGGGGUGUUAAGAAGGGAAUACACAGUAAGAAAAAAUAAAUUUGAUACCUACAAAAUCUAGAGUUAUUUCCUAUAACAUAAUAUCUAUUUUUAGCUCACCUGUCACAAAGUGACAAGGUGAGCUUUUGUGAUCGUGCGGUGUCCGUCGUCCGUCGUCCGUCCGUGCGUCCGUCCGUAAACUUUUGCUUGUGACCACUCUAGAGGUCACAUUUUUCAUGGGAUCUUUAUGAAAGUUGGUCAGAAUGUUCAUCUUGAUGAUAUCUAGGUCAAGUUCGAAACUGGGUCACGUGCCGUCAAAAACUAGGUCAGUAGGUCUAAAAAUAGAAAAACCUUGUGACCUCUCUAGAGGCCAUAUAUUUCAAAAGAUUUUCAUGAAAAUUGGUCAGAAUGUUCACCUUGAUGAUAUCUAGGUCAAGUUCGAAACUGGGUCACGUUCCAUCAAAAACUAGGUCAGUAGGUCUAAAAAUAGAAAAACCUUGUGACCUCACUAUAGGCCAUAUAUUUCACAAGAUCUUCAUGAAAAUUGGUCAGAAUGUUCACCUUGAUGAUAUCUAGGUCAAGUUCGAAACUGGGUCACCAAAAACUAGGUCAGUAGGUCAAAUAAUAGAAAAACCUUGUGACCUCUCUAAAGGCCAUAUUUUUCAUGGGAUCUGUAUGAAAGUUGGUCUGAAUGUUCAUCUUGAUAAUAUCUAGGUCAAGUUCGAAACUGGGUCACGUACGGUAAAAACCAGGUCAGUAGGGCUCAAAAUAGAAAAACCUUGUGACCUCUCUAGAGGCCAUAUAUUUCAUGAGAUCUUCAUGAAAAUUGGUCAGAAUGUUCAUCUUGAUGAUAUCUAGGUCAAGUUCGAAAGUGGGUCACGUGCCAUCAAAAACUAGGUCAGUAGGUCAAAUAAUAGAAAAACCUUGUGACCUCUCUAGAGGCCAUAUUUUUAAUGGGAUCUGUAUGAAAGUUGGUCAGAAUGUUCAUCUUGAUGAUAUCUAGAUCAAGUUCGAAAGUUGGUCACUUGCCAUCAAAAACUAGGUCAGUAGGUCAAAUAAUAAAAAAACCUUGUGACCUCUCUAAAGGCCAUAUUUUUCAUGGGAUCUGUAUGAAAAUUGGUCUGAAUGUUCAUCUUGAUGAUAUCUAGGUCAAGUUCGAAACAGGGUCAUGUGCGGUCAAAAACUAGGUCAGUAGGUCUAAAAAUAGAAAAACCUUGUGACCUCUCUAGAGGCCAUACUUGUGAAUGGAUCUCCAUAAAAAUUGGUCAGAAUGUUCACCUUGAUGAUAUCUAGGUCAAGUUUGAAACUUGGUCAUGUGCCUUAAAAAACUAGGUCAGUAGGUCAAAUAAUAAAAAAACCUUGUGACCUCUCUAGAGGCCAUACUUUUCAUGGGAUCUGUAUGAAAGUUGGUCUGAAUGUUCAUCUUGAUGAUAUCUAGGUCAAGUUUGAAACUGGGUCAACUGCUAUCAAAAACUAGGUCAGUAGGUCUAAAAUUAUUAAAAUCUUUUGACCUCUCUAGAGGCCAUAUUUUUCAAUGGAUCUUCAUGAAAAUUGAUCUGAAUAUUCACCUUGAUGAUAUCUAGGUCAGUUUCGAAACUGGGUCACGUGCGGUCAAAAACUAGGCCAGUAGGUAUAAAAAUAGAAAAACCUUGUGACCUCUCUAGAGGCCAUAUUUUUCAUGAGAUCUUCAUGAAAAUUAGUGAGAAUGUUCACCUUGAUGAUAUCUAUGUAAAGUUCAAAACAGGGUCACGUACCUUCGAAAACUAGGUCAAUAGGUCAAAUAAUAGAAAAACCUUGUGGCCUCUCUAGAGACUAUAUUUUUCAAUGGAUCUUCAUGAAAAUUGGUCAGAAUUUUUAUCUUGAUAAUAUCUAGGUCAAGUUCAAAACUGGGUCACAUGAGCUCAAAAACUAGGUCACUAUGUCAAAUAAUAGAAAAAACGACGUCAUACUCAAAACUGGGUCAUGUGGGAAGAGAUGAGCGAUUCAGGACCAUCAUGGUCCUCUUGUUAGCUUUUGUGAUCACGCAGCGUCCGUCGUCCGUGCAUUCGUCCGUGCGUCCGUCCAUAAACUUUUGCUUGUGACCACUCUAGAGGUCACAUUUUUUGUGGGAUCUUUAUGAAAGUUAGUCAGAAUGUUCAUCUUGAUGAUAUCUAGGUCAAGUUCGAAACUUGGUCACGUUCGAUCAAAAACUAGGUCAGUAGGUCUAAAAAUAGAAAAACCUUGUGACCUCUCUAGAGGCCAUAUAUUUCACAAGAUCUUCAUGAAAAUUGGUCAGAAUGUUCACCUUGAUGAUAUCUAGGUCAAGUUCGAAACUGGGUCACGUGCUAUCAAAAACUAGGUCAGUAGGUCUUAAAAUAGAAAAACAUUGUGACCUCUCUAGAGGCCAUAUAUUUCAGAAGAUCUUCAUGAAAAUUAGUCAGAAUGUUCACGUUGAUGAUAUCUAGGUAAAGUUCGAAACUGGGUCACGUGCCAUCAAAAACUAGGUCAGUAGGUCAAAUAAUAGAAAAACCUUGUGACCUCUCUAAAGGCCAUAUUUUUCAUGGAAUCUGUAUGGAAGUUGGUCUGAAUGUUCAUCUUGAUAAUAUCUAGGUCAAGUUCGAAACUGGGUCACGUGCGGUCAAAAACUAGGUCAGUAGGUCUAAAAAUAGAAAAACCUUGUGACCUCUCUAGAGGCCAUAUAUUUCAUGAGAUUUUCAUGAAAAUUGGUCAGAAUGUUCACCUUGAUGAUAUCUAGGUCAAGUUCGAAAGUUGUUCACAUGCCCUCAAAAACUAGGUCAGUAGGUCAAAUAAUAGAAAAACCUUGUGACCUCUCUAGAGGCCAUACUUUUCAUUGGAUCUGUAUGAAAGUUGGUCUGAAUGUUCAUCUUGAUGAUAUCUAGGUCAAGUUCGAAACUGGGUCACGUGCCGUCAGAAACUAGGUCAGUAGGUCAAAUAAUAGAAAAACCUUGUUACCUCUCUAAAGGCCAUAUUUUUCAUGGGAUCUGUAUGAAAGUUGGUCUGAAUGUUCAUCUUGAUGAUAUCUAGGUCGGAUUUGAAACAGGGUCAUGUGCAGUCAAAACUAGGUCAGUAGGUCUAAAAAUAGAAAAACCUUGUGACCUCUCUAGAGGCCAUACUUGUGAAUGGAUCUCCAUAACAAUUGGUCAAAAUGUUCAUCUUGAUGAUAUCUAGGUCAAGUUCGAAAGUGGGUCACGUGCCAUCAAAAAGUAGGUCAGUAGGUCAAAUAAUGAAAAAACGUGACCUCUCUAGAGGCCAUAUUUUUCAUGGGAUCUGUAUGAAAGUUGGUCUGAAUGUUUAUCUUGAUGAUAUAUAGGUCAAGUUUGAAACUGGGUCAACUGCGAUCAAAAACUAGGUCAGUAGGUCUUGAAAUAGAAAAACCUUGUGACCUCUCUAGAGGCCAUACCCUUGAAUGGAUCUUCAUGAAAAUUGGUCAGAGUAUUCACCUUGAUGAUAUCUAGGUCAAGUUUAAAACUAGGUCGCGUGCCUUAAAAAACUAGGUCAGUAGGUCAAAUAAUAAAAAAACCUUGUGACCUCUCUAGAGGCCAUAGUUUUCAUGGGAUCUGUAUGAAAGUUGGCCCGAGUGUUCAUCUUGAUGAUAUCUAGGUCAAGUUUGAAAAUGGGUCAACUGCGGUCAAAAACUAAGUCAGUAGGUCUAAAAUUAGAAAAAUCUUUUGACCUCUCUAGAGGCCAUUUCAAUGGAUCUUCAUGAAAAUUGAUCUGAAUGUUCACCUUGAUGAUAUCUAGGUCAGUUUAGAAACUGGGUCACGUGCGGUCAAAAACUAGGCCAGUAGGUAUGAAAAUAGAAAAACCUUGUGACCUCUCUAGAGGCCAUAUUUUUCAUGAGAUCUUCAUGAAAAUUAGUGAGAAUGUUCACCUUGAUGAUAUCUAGAUAAAGUUCAGAACAGGGUCACGUACCUUCGAAAACUAGGUCAGUAGGUCAAAUAAUAGAAAAACAUUGUGACCUUUCUAGAGACCAUAUUUUUCAAAGGAUCUUCAUGAAAAUUGGUCAGAAUUUUUAUCUUGAUAAUAUCUAGGUCAAGUUCAAAACAGGGUCACAUGUGCUCAAAAACUAGGUCACUAUGUCAAAUAAUAGAAAAAAUGACAUCAUACUCAAAACUGGGUCAUGUGGGAAGAGGUGAGCGAUUCAGGACCAUCAUGGUCCUCUUGUUUCCUUUACUUGAAUAUUUGCUACAGAAUAAACUAUACAAAUCUUAAA